AUGGCGAGCAGGAGACAUACCCCCCGCCUACGCGAGCCUCGCGAUGCUGCCUCUGAUAGCAACGGUAAUGACGCCGGCGACGCCGAACGCCACGGGCAAUAUCUCUCGCUUCCAAGCUCGCCCACCAGCUUCCGACGCCAGCCAACAUAUGCCAGCAGACGGCCAUCCAACGCAGAACCCCCUGACGAGCGAUCUCCGCUCUUGGGAACGGGGGCGCGGACGUCCCGGAUCCGGAUACACAGUGCUCACGGCUCCCCCCGCGUGCCCAACCUGUCAAGGAAUCAGAGUUAUGCCGACAGUGUAAAAAGCGCCCUCCACCACAGCCGCGCUCACUCGUGGGGCCAGCGCCUGAUAGACGCCCUCUCGGAUCGGCAGGAGUCGUCUCUGGCUGAUUCUAAGGGCUCCAUCUUGCCCGACGACCGCGUCUGGUAUGACCAGUUCACCUCCACCGAUUGGGUGCACGACAGCAUUGCCGAUGCCUACCGCGUCAAGGCCCUGCGUAGCCGCAAGGACUUUUGGGGUCGGGUCUACGUCCUUUUUGAUGGUGCCCAGGGCUGGAUAUUGAGCGCCCUGGUCGGCUUCAUCGUCGCCGUGCUUGCCUACGUUGUCAAUGUGAGCGAGUCGACCGUCUUCGAUUACAAGGAUGGAUAUUGCGUCCGGGGUUGGCUGAUCAAUGAGAAGAAAUGCUGCCCUCACGGCCCUUGCACAGAUUGGCGGGACUGGGGAGAGGUGCUGAAUGGGUUCCCUUUCGGCACAAUGUGGACAGAGUACAUCGUCUACAUUGCCUCCGUCAUUACACUAGCGAGUCUAUCUUGUCUUCUUACCCUGCUUACCAAGACGGUUGUGCCGUCGGCGUAUCGCCUAACGACGCUAGAUGAGAAUCUGGCGGCCGAGGCGGCAGCCCCGGCGCCGGAAACCGGUGAUGAUGGUUCACCCAACAGCCCUCGCCAAGUGCGCGAGAAGCCGGUGACAGCACCCAUGGUCUAUUACUCGGCUGCCGGCAGCGGCGUGGCCGAAGUCCGUGUUAUUCUUAGCGGCUUUGUGCUGCACGGCUUCCUGGGUCUCAAGACGCUCUUCAUCAAAAGCAUUAGCCUGAUUCUGAGCGUCGCCUCCGGCCUGAGCCUAGGGAAAGAAGGCCCAUACGUCCACAUCGCGACAUGCGUUGGAAACAUCGCUUGCCGUCUCUUCACCAAAUAUGACCGCAACGACGCCAAGAGGCGCGAGGUCCUCUCGGCUGCCGCCGCCGCCGGUGUUGCCGUGGCCUUUGGCGCGCCUCUCGGCGGUGUACUCUUCGGCCUCGAGGAAGUGGCCUACUUCUUUCCGGCCAAGACACUCUUCCGCACCUUCUUCUGCUGUAUCACCGCUGCAUUGACCCUCAAGUUUCUGAACCCCUACGGGACUCACAAGAUUGUCAUGUUUCAGGUGCGCUACCUCGUCGAUUGGGAAUAUUUCGAGAUCGUCAGCUUCAUACUUGUCGGCGUCUUCGGGGGCGCGGCCGGCGCCUUAUUCAUCAAGGCGUCGCGGUACUGGGCCAAGACCUUCCGCCGCAUCCCGGCCAUCAAGGCGUAUCCCCUCCUGGAAGUUGUCCUGGUUGCCUUCGUCACGGGCCUCCUCGGCUAUUGGAAUGUCUUUACCAAGCUGCCCGUGGCGAAACUGCUGUACAACCUUGCUGCUCCCUGCGAUGACCGGGAUAACAACCUGGAAAACCUGGGGUUGUGCCCAGAAAAGAUCGAUGAUAUCCCCCCUAUUCUACUCAAUCUCUUUGCCGCGUUUUUGAUCAAGGGACUGUUGACAAUCAUUACAUUCGGCAUUAAAGUCCCAGCCGGUAUCUAUGUGCCGUCCAUGGUUGUUGGCGGUCUCAUGGGCCGCUUGAUCGGGCACGUUGCCCAGUGGAUAGUCAUGGCCACGCCAGACUGGGGCGUCUGGGGUACCUGCGGCAAGAUGCCAAACGCAACAUGCAUCCAACCCGGUGUGUACGGCCUCAUCGCCGCCGGCUCCACCAUGUGCGGCGUGACCCGAUUGUCCGUCACGCUCGCCGUAAUUCUCUUCGAGCUCACUGGAAGCCUGGACUAUGUCUUGCCGUUCUCGCUGGCUAUUUUGGUUGCAAAGUGGACGGCGGAUGCAAUUGAGCCUUUAAGCAUCUACGACCUUCUGACCGAGAUGAACUCGUACCCGUUCCUCAACAACAAACACAAGCCCAUCUUCACCUCUGACCUGGCCGACAUUGUGCCUCGUGUCCGCAAGGAGCGCAUCAUCGACAUUACCAAUUCUCCCGUGGUCCCAGCGCCUAGCCUGCGGACCAAGUUGGAACUACUGCACAAGGCAGGUGAGCUGGAUGGCGGGCUGCCGAUUGUUAGGGACGGCAUCCUGGUCGGCCUGAUCCCGGCCCCGGAUCUCGAGUAUGCGCUAGACAAUCUGCCGGAUGAGGCCAAUAGUCUGUGCUUGAUGGCUCAAGUGCAGACCAUCGAGGAUUCGGACGGGGACGGCGAUGGGGACGGGAGGGAUCCGACGGAUUUUACGCCUUAUAUUGAUCCGGCGCCGGUUGCAUUGGACAUUAGAUCUCCCAUGGAUUUGGUGUACGAGUGUUUCGUCAAGUUGGGGUUGAGAUAUAUUUGUGUUUUACGAGAUGGGCGGUAUGCUGGCAUGACUCACAAGAAGACCUUUGCAAAGUACAUGCGUGAGUUGGAGGAGAAAGAGGGACAUAGAUGA